AAAAGCGCGUCUCACCGAUCUCUGUGCGGUACCUCUGGCGAAAAUCGUGCGGCGAAAAACAUCGCGUGUGGUGAAAAUUCCGUUUUUUCUUUAAGUGAAACUUUUUAAAUUGCCAACGGUUGUUGUUGUUGACCAAUACGUCAUCGUUGGAGAAGGUGUGGGAUAUAAAAAAAACGUUAAGUAAAUGGGUUAUUAUUGUUAUUGUUGGCUGUUUAAGUAAACAUAGCCUUUAUCUUCUCCUAAUCCGACCAUACCACCACCAAAAUGUCACAAUGCGCCUGCGUAAGACUAAAAAAGAAAACGGUCAUACACGAAGACGAGGAGUUUUCGGACAGCUCCAAGUCGGACAUCGCUGACAUGGCGGCCAUGCCCUGCUUGAAAAACAAACCGAAACCCAGAAGGAGACUGAGUUUUAAGAUAGGCGACAUCAGGAGAAUGAUUCCGGAUAAGAUCUUACAGUGUUUCGGACAGGACGAGAUUGAAAUGACCAAGUUAGAAAAAACGAUAAAGGCGUCACUCCUUAUACAAAAAUGGUAUAGGAGUUACAUGGCCAGGCUCGAAGUGAGACGGAGAUACACCUGGACGAUAUUCCAAACGUUGGAAUAUGCCGGUGAACAAGACCAAGUUAAGUUGUACAACUUUUUCAAUGCUCUUCUUACUCAUAUACCCCAAACAGCCAACAGAGACGGGUAUAAUUCUAAAGGUGCUUCUAGAAGUUCUUCCUUUGAUAACUUAGACUUAGAAUUCGAAGAUGAAUCUCCGGACGAGGAAUAUUCUUACGACCAAGAAGAUAAGAAGACCCUAAGGCAUUUUACUUUGGAAUAUCCUUAUACGGAAGAAAAAAUCACGGAGCUGAUAGAGAUAUUUAGAAAGCAUCGGCACUUUAGGUUGCCCCCCAAAGUGGUCGCGGACAUCCUGCGUAGGUCGAUAAUGGCCCUUCGGAAAUUACCAAACAUUAACGUGGUGUCGACGGCCCUAUCCAAGCAAAUUACCGUUUGUGGGGACCUACAUGGGAAAUUCGAUGACUUACUCGUUAUAUUGCACAAGAACGGUCUUCCUUCCACCGAGAAUCCCUACGUUUUUAAUGGGGAUUUUGUGGAUAGAGGCAAACGUGGCUUAGAGGUUAUUUUAGUUUUACUGCUCUGCUUUAUUACCUUUCCUGGGGGUGUGUACUUAAAUAGAGGAAACCAUGAGGAUCACAUUAUGAACCAAAGAUACGGUUUUAUCCGGGAAGUGCAGUCCAAAUACCGGAAAAAUCACGAAAGGAUCCUGAAACUAUUCGAGAGCGUUUAUAGAUGGCUGCCUCUAGGGACGAUAGUCAACAAUCGAGUUUUAAUCGUACACGGGGGGAUAUCUGACACCACCGAUCUGGAAAUGAUCCGCAGUUUAGAAAGGGAGAAAUACGUGUCCCUUUUGAGGCCUCCCCUCUGUGACAGUUCUGCGCCCGGUGCUGAAGCCAUUAAUAAAGUCGAAUGGAAGCAAGUUUUUGACAUCCUAUGGUCAGACCCACAAGAAACCAAAGGCUGCAUACCGAACAACUUGAGAGGUGCAGGCACGUACUUUGGUCCAGACGUCACCAAGAAGUUCUUAGAAGAAAAUCGACUCUCCUACAUAGUGAGAUCCCACGAAUGCAAACACGAGGGAUACGAGAUGUGCCAUGACAACCUGAUUAUCACGAUCUUCUCUGCCUCUAACUACUACGAAAUCGGCUCAAACAAUGGAGCUUACGUAAAAUUAAUGGGGCCAAACUUAGAGCCGCACUUUGUCCAAUAUAUGGCCAACGCAGGACGAAGAAAGCUGAAUUUCUAUCAGAGAAUGGGUUUGGUCGAAACUGGGGCUACUAAGGAGCUACAGGCUCAAAUAUUGAACGUAAGAGAUGUGAUCGAAGAAGAGUUUUCCAAGUUAGAUCCAGAUAAUACUGGAUUAAUAACUGUCACUCAAUGGUGUAUCACCUUGGAAAAAUGUACUGGUUUGCAAAUACCAUGGAGGCUGCUGAAAGAGAAACUGGUUUCAAUAGAUCCUGAAAGCAAAAUGGUGCAGUAUCAAACCACGUUUGAUAAUAUUAAAAGUAGUAAGCUUAAUAGUGUUCAAGGGGCCAGCACUGUCGUGGAGACUUUAUAUCGGAACAAGAGUAGUUUGGAGGCGAUAUUUCGCAUUAUUGAUAAGGAUAAUUCUGGCUACAUAAGCUUAGACGAACUAGCAGAGGCAUGCAACCUAAUAAAGGAGCACAUGCCUUGCAACAUGACUGAGGAUCAACUGCAAGAGAUCUGCAGGAUGAUGGAUAUUAACAAGGAUGGGCUUGUGGACCUUAACGAAUUCCUGGAAACAUUUAGAAUGGUCGAUCCGGAAAGCAGACGGAAGAAUAUGCCCAAUAGUCCCGAUAAUAGUAACCUUUUAGGUAGCGAGAACCGAAGCCCCAGGUUAAAUAAGACAGAAAACACGCCUCCAAAAGACCCGAAACCAUCAACGAAUCACACUAAAGAGAACGGCGAUAAAAAUUCGAUAUUCAUCGAAGCGGCGGAACACGUGCAAGACGACAACAGCGUUGCCAACGGCGACAGUUUAUCCCCAAACCAAGGCGAGAAGUUUUCCCUUAAAGUCCAAGUGCAUAAUUUCAGUAAUGGCGAAGGAGGUGACGAAGGUGAUAGUCCGGUCCUGUCGGGGCACACGAACGGACUGAAAGCUUCGCCCGUAUUAAGUAGCCGUAGAGGAUCGUUAAUUUAGGAUUAUUAAUAGUAAACAAUAUUGUUAAAAUAAUUUAAGACAAGAUGUCUUAUUAUGCAAAUCCCAAUUUAAUUCGGGACAAAGAAGCUUUAUUAGCAAAUAUAUUUGUAAGAACUGCCAUAGAAAUAUUUACAAGAAAUCCUUAAAAUUAUCAAACUGUUUAUGACCUACAUUUGUCAUUUUAGUACACAUGACAACAGCGCAUAUUAAGCAAACAGGUUGGAAAUCGGCUCGUGGGUGUUCGGCCUAGCGCUGUUGCCAUAUAAUGCAAGAAGUAGCUCUGAAAUGUUCUUGAAACAGUUAUUUCUUAUUUGUUUUAUUUACUUUAACGACUUUUUAGUACACUCAUUAUUACGACUUAUAGUCAAAAAUUAUAGGCUGUCCACAAAAACAAUUAAAUUUCUUUGUACUUAUUAAUUUUUAUUUGUUGUGUUAAAUAAUUUUAAUUAUCCGAACAUAACGUACACACUGGAAAACGAUACCAGUGUAUUUGAUUAGCAUAGCCUUGUUGCCAUGUACUGCAAAAAGAAAUAGGACCCUGGACAUUUUUUUAAAUAACUAUUUUAUGUCUGUUUUAUUGAUUUAAAGGAUGUUUACUUGAAGUGUCCAUAUUUUAUCUUUGAACUCAAAUAUCAUAUAAUAUCAGCAAAAUAGGAUAAUUACUACCUAUAUUACUAAAAUAUCAUUUUUCCAUACUAGUUAAAUGCUCACGACAUUUUCAGAUUGAAUAUAUUUAUUAAAAGUAGAAUGAUUUUUUUAAUUGAAUUUUAUUUUAAUUAAAAAUAUAUUUACUUUCUUUUAAA